AUGGCCCCCUUACCAGCUCGAGCAGGGGCGAUGGGGUCCGGCGGUCAGGGCGUUCGGGUGGGAUUUGCCGCACUCAACACAACACUCCGGACCCUCACGUACGCGGAAUACCUCGACACGCUACAGCUGACGAGCCUUGACGCGCUGGUGGCGCAGUGCAACCUGAAGGAGCUCAUUUAUUUGGACAGGGGCAGGCACAGGGGCGGCGGUGCCGGCAAGGGUGGCGGGACCGCAGCGGCUCUCAGCGACGGUGGACAAGAAGCGGAGUCACUACGGGCGGUAAAGCAAUUGUGUGGGCGCGCAAACGUCGCGUACCGUGAGUGGGGACACGACAGCGCCGUCUCGUCGCAGGAUCCUCUGCGGAAGCCAGGGCGGCGGGAAGGCAACCUGGCAAAAGACAAUUUUCUCAGCUCUCUUGACGACAUCCUUCGUGUGCCGGAGGGCCGGCUUGCCCUUUCCGACUGCCCAUUGGCGUCCCGAGCAGUUGAGCAUCUUGUCGCAAAUAACAUUGACACCUUUGACACGACGAAUCACCGUGCCUUUUACCUAAAACACACAAUCCCAUCGACCUUUAUGAAACUGGACAGUGCGGCAAUACAGGCGUUGCACAUAAUACAUCAGAAGCCAGAGGCUCGCGGUUCCCUUCCCACCUCGGUCUAUUCGUGGCUGAACCGCUGCGUCACAGGCAUGGGAUCUCGGAUGAUGCGGCAGUGGCUGCUGCAACCGCUGCGCAAUGCAGAGGACAUCAAUCAACGUCUUUCGCUCGUAGAGAUGAUGGUGGAAAGCCCCAUUUUGCGUGAUGCUCUUCUUUCGCAGGUGCUGCGAUGUUGUGGGGACAUGGAUCGGCUGAAUCGCAAGCUUCAACGACGCAGCAUCGCUCUGAAAGACAUUCAGUCUAUUCUGACCUUUGUAAACACCAUCCCACAGGCGGUGCAGGUGUUGAGGAGUCACCGAGGCGGUCGAAAUGGCAAGUUGCUGAUGGAUGAAUACGUCGCCCCAUUGGAAGAAAUCAACGAGCACUUCACAAACCUCCGCACCCUCAUCACAGCCACCAUUGACCUAUCGGACGAAAACAGGGCCCGCAUUAAUCCUGAAUUCGACGACGAGCUGAUAGAGCUGGAGGAGCAGCGGAAAAGUGUGGUAGAAGACAUUAACAAGGAGCACGAACGCGCGAUGAGGGCGUAUGGAUGGACAGAAAAGCAGCUGAGAUGUGAAUAUCAUACAUCGCAUGGGUAUGUUUUUCGUGUCUCCCGCAAGGAGGACCAACAGGUGCGCAACAGCAAGGAUCUUAUCACGGUCAGUACUUCCAAGGAUGGUGUGCGAUUUGUUUCCGACCGGCUUUCCUCACUUAGUGAGCAGCACAAGAGCAUUCGAAAUGCCUACGAUGCACGCCAGCAAGAUCUAAAGCAAAAGCUUGUAAGUACUGUGGUCACAUACUUGCCACUUCUUGAUGACGCCAAGGAGCUAGUUGCGGCGCUGGACGUUUUUGUGGCCUGGGCAACGGUGGUGAAGGAUUCCCCGCAUCCUAUGGCUCGUCCGACGAUUCGCUCACCAAUGACAGCGGCGGAGGAAGAGAGCAACGGAAACCUCAUCACUAUCGUAAAUGUUCGUCACCCGCUUGUUGAACUUCGUCAGCCAAGAUACGUCCCAAAUACGGUACGCCUAACUGACGAUGCGAAUGCGCUUAUUAUAACAGGACCAAACAUGGGGGGUAAGUCAACUUUUAUGCGCAGUGUAGGGAUAGCUGUUGUGCUUGCACAGGCUGGCUGUUUUGUGCCGGCUGACUCGGCGGAUAUUGUUUCGAGGGACGCUGUCAUGUGCCGUGUUGGCGCCACGGAUCACCUUGCGCAGGGUGUGUCGACGUUUAUGGUGGAGAUGUUGGAGUCCGCCGCCAUUUUAACCGCCGCCACGCGGGACUCCCUCGCCAUUGUGGAUGAGCUUGGCCGUGGGACGUCCACCUACGAUGGCUUCGGCCUAGCGUGGGCUAUUGCACAGGAGGUGGCAGUCAAGACGCGUUCCGCGCUUCUCUUCUCCACCCACUUUCACGAGAUGGCGCAGCUAGCAGAGCACCACACCAACGUGAGGAAUGUGCACUUUGGCGCCGAUGUCAACACCGUCGAGGGGACGCUGCGCUUCUCCUACCGACUGGAGCCUGGGCCUUGUGGCCGCAGUUACGGCUUGUAUGUUGCCCAGCUGGCCAACCUCCCAGAGGAAGUUGUGCAAUCCGCCAAGUGUAAAGCGGCGGAGUUGGAAACCUUCGAGGAGGAUGAAGGGCAAAAGCGCGCCCACGCCCUACUCUCCACUGCCUCCCCAGAGGUCAGUGAACGAGUUGCCAACUAUGCGAAACGCAUACGUGACCUAAAUAAUACCAACUCAGAUGCGGCUAAUGAGGAAGCGAGGCGACGGCUGCGUCUUGAACUCCUGCAAGACUCUCUCGUAGCACCUUUUCUUUGA